UGCGCCGCGCUAUAAUCGACGACAAUCGCCCAUGGACGCCCUGCAGGUAUAGCUCUUUCAAAGUGACCUCGAGCCGUGGAUUGUCUCUGGCAAGAUGGCGUUCAUAAAUCCGGUCGUGGUGGAAGGGGCACGGUUCGCGAUAAGGCAGGCGGCGUCAACGGCUUUGGCGUCGACCGCUGAGGUCAUCUCUCAAGCGGCUUCAACUCCGAGCGUCAUAUCCCCUACUUCUGCGAAUCCCCCCCCUACGACUCAUGCUAGUCUCACAUCUGCUGUUGCGUCGCCGACCGACAGCAGCACUCUGGUCAAUGGAGGUGCGAACCCUGGGGGAGGUGGAAAUGGAGGAAACAACAACAGCAAUGGUGGUGGAGGCAACUCGUCAUCUUUACUCUUCUUCGUGGCGCUCGGCUUCGGCGUCGUCUUCACCAACCUAUGGAUCAUCGUCGGCGUGAAGUACUGCUUUAGGUAUAAUGCGCGCAAUCGCCAGAUGCGCAGCGAAGAUGGCGAGAUCAACAUGGAGAACGUGCCUCGGCCUCAUCGCCGCCGGCGAGAGAAGAAGCUGAUGCCGAUUGACGAAGUCAACGAGAAGUUCCCGAUGCUGAAGUAUAAGACGUGGGUUGCGAGCCGUGCACAAGAGGGCCUGCCCACACAAGGUGGUGUGUCGGCUCCCCCAAGCAGGCCGAAUAGUAUAAGAGAUGCCGACGGCGUGGUUCCUGCAAUGUCAUCAAAGGAUGUUAUAUCGCCGGACGACCAGCCAACAACGAGUGCGACGGCGACCGAACCAACAACCGCGCCUGGAGAUCCAGAAAAGGCUCCAGUCCAAACCCCGCAGCAUGCCCCCAAGGAAAGCACGUCGAGUACUGUGGGUGGCUUCGAGGGUCACUCUCCACCACCCAACCUCUCCGCCGCCAGGAUAUCCGCGGAUUCAAAUCGCGAUGCCGAUAUCACUGUGGCACACAAGCGCUUCAGCGAGGUAUCGCACGACGAGGAUGAUGAUGAUGAACACAUCGACGCUGCCCUUCCGCCUGAGUGUCUGGGAACGUCAGGCGAUACUUGCGCCAUUUGCAUCGAUACCCUCGAAGAUGACGAUGAUGUACGCGGCCUUACGUGCGGUCAUGCGUUCCACGCCGUCUGUAUCGAUCCGUGGUUGACGACGAGGAGAGCCUGUUGCCCGCUGUGCAAGGCUGACUACUACACGCCGAAACCUCGUCCUCAGGCCGCCGAGGGUGUUGAUGGUACUACCGGUGUCAUCCAUGUAACGCUGCCUAGCGACCCUCGAGGCAACAAUCGCAUGAACCUGCCGAGUCGACCUCGACAUGCGUGGUUUAGUUUUGGAAGAAUGAACCGGGGGGGGCCAAUGAACCAGUAUACGUCCAGCGGGCGACGCACAGUCGGCGAGUCGCAAACGAGAGAUGAUGGGCAUUCCUCCAGUCUUGCGUACUCGGGAUCCCGAACCGGCUCUGGCCCUUCGCCGCAGAGCCCCGGCUCUACCGGCCUGUUGUCAGUUUUCAGAACCGCGCUCCCAGGGCUAAGGCUCGCCAGGGGGCGGAAUAACCAAGACCAAUCCGGACCGGUAGCCUCUGGCGCCAGUCCAACUGCUACUACUCCAUCACAGCUUGAGGCGGGAAUCCGGAACCCGCAAAGCUAGUGACGAUCCCCGCAGCAAUGCGUUCAAGGAGGAACACGAGAACACAUAGAGAAGCGCGACUCCAUCUCGAAGACGUCGUUUCUCAGGGCCAUAGGCAAGACAUCACUAACAUCACUACUACUCGAUCGAAAUGGGGAUCCUCGAUCCUUC